UUCACCUCCAGGUAGUUUCGGGUUCCCUUCCCGCAGUAUAUUGCUCUCAUAGUCGAUAGAACUUUCAGCUUCGAACACAAGUCACACAACGCUUCUUCUAUCGCUCCUGUAGCUCAAAUCUUCGCCGCCACUCUUCAAGUUCAUUGCCUCGAACUGAUACUUGGAAUGUCAAAUCAUGUGGACCUUGAUCAUUUUCUGGCCAACAAUAUUGCCUUAACUCCAGCCGAACGUGUAAAAAUGAAAGCAAUUCUGGCAGAGAGUUACUCUUAUGCAGGUCACCUCGCCUCUCGUAUCACAACGCUUCGAAUGGAACUUGAACGAACUCAUCGCGAGCAUCGGCGCGUUUCGGCCAAUAUACACAAAGCAACGCUCGUACUUGCGCCGGCCCGUGCCUUGCCUGCCGAGAUCCUCAGCGAAAUAUUCUUUUGGGUUGCAAUGGAUGGCGAGCCACAACGCCGUCAUCGGCCUAGGGGACCGCCUCCCUGGCGUCUUGGGCUUGUCUGUCGGUAUUGGCGGAAUAUAGCGCUAGCCCUUCCUGUUUUGUGGUCGCGAUUUUCCGUGGGGGGUCAUGAAACUCGGGCCAGGCCACCCUCGGACAGGCAACAGCACGCUUUUGUGGCGCAGGCUGAACAGCUCGCUCGAUCUGGCCGUUCUCCUCUCUUUGUGAGUUUCACGUGGUCUAAGGAUUCCGUCGACACCACGAUAUCUCUCAUGGGCAUGCUUAUGGAGCAUAGCGGCAGAUGGAAGGAAUUUGCCUUCUACGCUAUUCACGACGUCGAUACUUUCUUCGCUUUUCUGCGGCCAAUUUCGGGCCGUCUCUCGACAGUCGAAAAUCUGCGUUGUAGUUGCUAUCACCCACUGAACUCUCCCGUCGACCUCUUUUCUGAUGUUCCACGUCUUGCCGAGCUUGACUUUAUGGUGGAACGCAAUGAUAUCGAGAUGCCAUGGCAUCGCGUUACCAAAUGCUAUAUGGAAGGACUCCUGGAGGAGCAUCUUCCCAGUCUCGAAUUGGCUCACAACCUCGUCGAAUUAUUUCUCAAUGUCCAGCCCCCAGAUUUCCUCGACCCCGAGCCGGACACAAUAACCCUGCCUAGGUUGCGCACAUUGUUCGUUCUCGAAACAGUGGUCCUGCGGUUCUUUACCACGCCAGAGCUACAGCGCCUUCAUUUGACUUCGGGAGAUCUUGACCUGGCCGCCGAGUUCUUUAAGCGAUCCCAGUGUCAACUCGACAUUCUCGCGCUUUCAGAGGAAGAGCGUCGGGAGGAAGGCAUGAUCAUCUCAGAGUUUGUCGACCUCCUCCGCUACAUGCCCCGGUUGAAAGUCCUGAUUAUAACUGGCCAAACACGUCUCUCGGAGCAUCCAGAGGGCAAUAGGUCAUACGACCACGACCUCAACAGCCUUUUCACGGCUAUGAAGAUAGAUGGCCCCGAGUCGUCCGCUCUAGUCCCUCAACUUUCCACCUUCUUCUUCGGGCUUGACCAAAACGUGUUUAUGGACCAGACAUUUCAAACCAUGAUUUGCUCUCGACGAGGUCCUCUCACUCGUGUUGUGGUCGAAAUGACAUCGAAAGAGUAUUUUUCUGUGGGUGAUUGGGAAGGGGCAGACCCAACAAUUGAGUGGAUGGAAUAUUCGGAAAUCCAAGAUGUGCAGUACUCGUAUUUUUAUAGGUGA